AUGCCAGUCGAGUUCGCCUCAUUGGCUUCGCCAUCGGCUCGCCGAUCGGCUUCACAGCAGAGAUCUCAUCCGCUGCUGUGGCAGAGCGUGCAGUCUCGCUUCGAGAAUUUGUCCAGCUCGGCCGCGGGGCCCAUCUAUCGGGACGUAAAGCGGUAUGAUGUUAUCUUCAUCCUCGGGUCCGGAGAUGUCGACGACCACUGUCGCAAUGGAGCUGCAGCCACGGACUCUGCUUUUGUUCCACUUUCGAGCUCUUUCUCCUGCCUGCAUCUUAACCUGGCGAGGGCUUUGCGUUAUCGAUGGUCGCAGCUCGUUCGCGGAGUCUCGGCUUUAGCCAGGGCUUUAGCCACAGGACUGCGAAAAAGUACAACACACUGGCCACUGCUAGUGUCAAAUGAUUGAAUGCGUACCACUGUGUACCGCAUUGGUCGGUAGCUCUGCGGGACCUCGACCAUCGCUGUCGUUGAGGAAAUCCAUCAGUCAGUGCAGACCAGAAAUGUAGAGCAACGGACUCGGGCGAGGCUCGCAUUGCGAGAAUAAGUCGUUAACGACCACGGGCUGCUAGAUUCGCACGACGACGACCGGCCGAUUCGAUUCGAUUCUAUCACUUUAGCUCUUCUCGCUUCAUCGUCUACGAGAUUUUUUAUCUCCGAGAUAUUUACCUGCUCUUCAAAACUCUUCUUGCUCGAGAUUGAAGUUCAUGAAAAUGGAAAGGAAGUCGAUGCGGAUCAUAUUUUGAUCUUAUCCUUGGUGCACUUCGGUCGGAUCAGUAAAGAUCAAGGUUCCCUCGGGCUUCGGUCCUCUCAGGUGACAACUGCUUCAGAAGGAAAGAACAAACCGCUACUGGUGCCAUGUUGGAUAUUGUUACUUGUAUCGACUACUGGUAUGUAACAGAAAGCUCGGUCCACGUGAGAAAUCGAUGUGACCGGUCUAUGUGGUACAAGCGAACUAUGUCCUUGGAUCCGCUUGUGCAGUAGAGCAGCGAGCGAGCUCGUCCAUCCAGUCCACUGGAAGAUUACGACCGAUAAAUCUUGUCGGUGUUGGUCGACGAUAACUUUAGGGAAAAUCAGAAUCACCUCUGUGUGCAAGGGAGCAGAUGAUUGAUCCUCGGUCGAAUCGAAAUUUCUGGAACCGACUGUGCUGAGUGACACAAUGAAUCACAGGGACUUUGCAUCCACAUACCAUGUUCAGGUUGUCGUUGACGGAUCAGAUUGCUUUUCUCUCUGCCAUGGCUUUGCCAAUAUUCAGUUUCUCCUGUCAGGUAUCAUGGCCCUCUUCGGUUCCCAGUGGACUUUGUGUAGCUUUCUGAACUGACUCCAUGGCCUGAUACCGAAUCUUAAUUCCAUGCUUCAACCCGGACACAUGCACAGCCAUCAUAAUGUUCAGGUAGUUUUCAGAAAUGUACCAGGACGUGACUUAAUUGGAUCUCAGUUGGCCACCAGACAGGCAGAGACACCAUUUCAGGUGUGACUUCUUUGGACCCCUCGUCUCUUGUCCUCCGUGUCGGUGGAGGUGCCAGUGUGGCAUUACAUUAUGUAAGUUUACAAGUUGGCUGAUGCCAUACAAGAAGAUUCGAGUUGAAAAAACCAUUUCCUUUCCUGGUCACACCAACCUCAUCACACCAUGAGGUCGAAGUUUACCACACAACUUUUACUCACCAGGAGAAAUUUCACUCAAGCUUUCGGUUUAUCAAUAGUGACUUUCCGAACUACCGCCAGUAGGUUCAACUCCCUACUUAGGAAUUCAAACUUGCA